UUGUAUAUACGUGUUUAAAGUGGGGUUCAACUUUUUCUUUUAGCUUUUUGGUAUUUCCAAUCCCACGCUGCUCUAAAACACUCUCUCUCCUCCGCCUCUCUCACCCUCUAAUCUGGUCACUGGUUUCUUCGAUUUCAAGUUGAAGUCAAGCUGCAGCUAUACUGUGAUUUGGUUAAUAUAGAAUUGAAACAAUGGGGGAGUUGUUGGGACUGCUAAAAGUGGUGGUUGUGCAAGGUAAAAGGUUGGUUAUCCGGGAUUUUAAGAGCAGCGAUCCUUAUGUUAUAGCCAAGCUCGGUGAUCAGGUAGCAAAGACUAAGGUUAUCAACAGUUGCCUCAAUCCAGUAUGGAAUGAAGAGCUCACUUUCUCCCUCACCGAACCUGUUGGAGUUCUAAAUUUGGAAGUAUUCGACAAAGAUCGUUUCAAGGCCGAUGACAAGAUGGGACAUGCUUAUCUGAACCUUCAACCACUUGUCUCAGCUGCUAGAUUAAGCCAUGCUCUUCGAGUUUCUUCUGGUGAGAUGACAUUGAGGAAGGUUGUACCCGACACUGAUAAUUGUCUUGUUAGAGAGAGUUCUAUUAGUUUGAUAAAUGGUGAAGUGGUUCAAAGUGUCUGGUUAAGGCUUUGCGCAGUUGAGUCCGGGGAGAUAGAGCUAAAGGUCAGGUUAAUUGAGACACGCGAUGGACCUUCAAGGUAGUUGAGCUAUAUCCGCUGAUGAGAUAAGUGUUUGGGAGCUCAAGUUCAGGUGAUUCCCGCAAGGCCGCAAAUUAAGGUGAGCUCGGGAAUAUGUAGUUGAAUGUGUGGAAAAGUGUAGUUUCCCUUAGCUGUUUCCCUUAAGGCAACUUAAGAUAAAAUAGGUGGUAGUUGAAUGUGUGGAAAAGUGUAGUUUCCCUUGGCUGUUUCUAGUGUACAUUAGGUCCAGGCAUAAAAUAGGUUGGUUUGAAUCUUUGAUUUGUACCUUUCAGGAUGGCAAUGGCAGCCAAUACUGGACCUUAAAUAUAUGCAUCCUGAACUGAAUGUUGUUGUAGUAUAUGUGUUUUGAGCAAUUGGUUUUAAUGACUUAGAGAUAA